AUGGACUCAACGAAGCCUGAGUUCUAUUCUCAGAACAGCUCCCUUCAGCACGACCUCGGAGUUGAGCUGCUGCAGCAGUACAUGAGGUGGGAGGAGGGCGACACAGUUUUGGACGCCGGAUGUGGCACUGGGGAAAUCUGCAAGUACAUCUCCCAACAGCCAGGGGUCGCUUCUGUAUGGGGCUUAGAUGUGUCACCUGACUUUGUUAGGUAUGCCAGUCAACACAACUCCUCCCCAAACGUGCUCUAUGACGUGUCUGAUAUCUCUGAUGCGUCCACCAUAAAGCCAGAGUUACAAGGCACCUUCAGUAAGGUAGUUUCUCUCCAAGUGUUACACUGGGUCCAAGACAAGGCUGCAGCGCUUAAAGUGCUGCAUUCUUGCCUGAAACCGCGUGGAGAAAUCUUAUUGUGGUUCUGUACUGAUGUGAGCAAGAUCUGCCAAAUCAGCCCGGGUUUGGCUUCCCACCCCAAGUGGAAAAACUACUUAAAGGACUUUCAACCGAAUUUGUUUCCAUGGCCUUCCAGCGAUAUCGUGAAGGAACGACAUAGUAGCCACCUUCUGGAGGAGUGCGGUUUCGAAGUCCUCUCCUGUCAUCUCAAAAAACUGCAGUACUCUUUCACCUGUCAGGAGCAAUGGAAGAAAUCGAUGAGUGCUCUAUUACGCCAUCUUUGCUACAUACCAGAAGACAAACACGAGGAAUUCUUGAAUGACGCCGAGAAGAUGGCACGAGAUGUCCGACUUUUGUCAGGCGAUUUCAAAAUUACCGAUGGGUUUUAG